AAUUCCAGGAGAUAGAGUGUAUGCUGAUCUUCCACCAGGAGUCGCUUGAGCAAGCCCCCCAUCCCCCACCCCCCGGGUACUGCCCCCGAGUCUGGGACUACGUGUUGUGUUGGCCCCCCACCCCCGGCGCCACCCUAGCCCACAUACCGUGCUUUCCUGAGCUCAACGGCAUCAAGUACGAUACCACCAAGAACGCUACUCGCCUAUGUCACUCCAACGGAACCUGGGAUGACUACACGGACUUCUCCGCCUGCGCCGCCUUCCCCGCUAUGGAGUCGAGCCUGCCCAAGCUCCUGUCCCCAGUGGAGAUCACCACGAUCCUCUACAUCACCGGGUACACUCUCUCUCUCGUCGCACUCUCCGCUGCCGUGUUCAUUUUCAUCUACUUCAAGUAAGCACUCGUGCCAGGGGCUUGCAUAUUUACGUGCUAAAGGCUCACCAAUUUUUGUACAACAGUUGUGGUGGUGGGUGGGAAAAUAAAAUAGCACACUGCAUUACAACUGACAACUUAAUAAUCAUUUUUAAAGGAAUGCAUGCUGCAGGGAAACUAAAACAAGGGCAAAACAAAAUGUAUUACAGUACUUAACAAUGACCGAAACUUAAACACUGCAAACAAUAGACUAACUAAUUAGUUAUACAUCCACAGAACCGAUAGUACUCAACAAUAACUCAACAAAACAACAGCGGAACAACCAAGUAUCUGUAAACAUGAAGUGUAUAAUAAAGGACAAUAGCAAUACAGUGAAUGUUUAAU